GUGUGUUGGGUUAUGAAUAAAAAAUUCGGUAGAAGCUGGGCUUAAUGCAUACGCCAAAGAGGAACAAAGUUAAAGCAUAUUCAGUAAAGUGGUGCACAGACAAACUUCCCAACAGUUCAUCGUGCCAGUGGGCGUAAAAGGCAUUUGGAGAGUGUUUGUUGCUCUAAAAGGUUACAAAUUUUUAUUCGCUCAUGCAUGGCAAAGAUUAUCUUUAAGAAGAAUUAAAAGCACGGUCAUUGCAACAUCCUUUCCAUCCUCGACGAUCUCUCUUGGGUAUUCAUUUGACAUCAUGUCAAUCGCAUCAUCAUCCACAAAAAUGAUCUGGCGAGGAAUUGUUUCAUCGCAGAAUAUGGCUAGUGCCUCAAGAGGCCUACACAGUACUGCAGCCAGACAGGCAAUCACAAAAUUCUUCAUGCCUGCCAUGAGUCCAACAAUGACAGAAGGUGGAUUGGCAACAUGGAAAGUGAAAGAAGGUCAAUCAUUCUCAGCCGGUGAUGUUUUGUUGGAGAUUGAAACUGACAAAGCAACUAUGGAUGUCGAAGCACAAGAAGAUGGUAUCAUGGCAAAGAUUGUUGUUCAAGAAGGAGCAAAAGCAAUUCCAGUCGGACAAACGAUUGCCAUGUUAGCAGAAGAAGGUGAUGAUAUCUCAAAUGUAGAAGUACCAGCAGACGAGGCAUCACCUGCUCCACAAAAGCAAGAAGCUUCUUCUUCCAGCUCGGCUCCAAGCACAGCUCCAAGUGCACCAGCAGAUGAUCCACAAAAGAAGAAGGCCAACCAAGAAUCACCCGCAGGAUCACCUCAACAUCCUGCCGCUCAUGCACCUGAUCUUGGUCGUCAAUUAUUCCCAUCCGUUUCGAGAUUGCUAAUAGAGAAUCACGUAUCUGCCGAAGAUGCCAAAUCGAUCAAAGGAACCGGUUUACGCGGAAUGUUGACCAAAGGGGAUGUCUUGGCCCAUCUUGGUAAGGUUUCCAACCCGAACGGAUCUUACAAACCAUCAAAAGGCGGCAUUGCUGCUUUGGGCGUACCACCUUCUGCACAACCUGCAGGUCAAUCUUCCGCUAGUGUACCCAAGAAACAAUCUAGCGAACCGUUGACGGCUGAUGCAGUUCGUUCUUUGAUUUUGGGAGGUUUGGCUUCAAGCUCACGCGCAGCAAGAUCGAAAGAAUUGGCUUCAAAGCCAGUGACGCCAGCCUCGACUGAUUCUACCAAGAAGGCUGACUCGUUGAAGGGAUUCAUAUAG